AAUUAAACGGCUCAGGAUGUUUUAAAUGUUAGGAUGAUACGAAAAGAGCGGGUUGUCAUUCUCUCCUGAAAUAAUUUGGACCGUGUCAGGGAGCAGCUGCUAAUGUCAACUAGCUAACUAGCCGCUAGCAAUGGCGAGCUUUUGUGGCUAGAGACCGUGAUAGCGUUUGUUUAUGUUAGCUCUGCUGUUGCUAAAUAUUGUCAAUGUGCGCGUGGAAAACAAACAUAUUGUCGGCGGUUGGUGCUACUUCAAGUCUACCAUUAGUAGCGGUUAGUAAAACUACGUAACGUGGAGUUUGGUCGGUGAAACAUCAGUGCUGCUUGCGUUUGUGUUGUUGCCGUAGGUGGACAUUUUCCGUGUUGAGCUCACAGACGGUGUCAGUGUUGUGUGUGUGUGUGUGUGAGUGUUCCAGCCUGAAUCAUGGAACAGUGUGCAUGUGUGGAGCGGGAGCUGGAGAAAGUGCUCCAUCGCUUCGUUAUGUACGGCCACCAGUCUGAGGAGAGGUUAGACGAACUCCUGCGCAGCGUCUGUGAGAUCCGAGGACAACUAGUGGCUUUUGGAGUACAAGAUGCAGACUUGUCGGUCUUGUCUCAGACUAUGGCCCAGUGUUGUAAGAAUAUCAAAGAAACAGUCCAGCUGCUCGCCUCCCGACAUAAGGACAUCCAUGGCAGUGUGUCAAAAGUGGGCAAAGCCAUUGACAGAAAUUUUGAUGCAGAAAUCAGUGCUGUGGUGGCAGAGACGGUGUGGGACACCCCAGAGAGACAGAAAUACCUGAGUGAGACCAUUGUGGAACACCUGUACAGACAAGGGAUGCUCAGUGUAGCAGAGGAUCUGUGUCAGGAGUCUGGUGUAGUUAUAGACAUGAGUAUGAAGCAGCCUUUCCUGGAGCUGAACAGGAUCCUGGAAGCUCUGAGGAUGCAGGACCUCCGGCCGGCACUAGAGUGGGCUGUGACGAAUCGGCAGCGCCUCCUGGACCUAAACAGCAGUUUAGAGUUCAAGUUGCACCGCCUGUACUUCAUUAGUUUGCUCAGUGGAGGAAUCGGCAACCAAAUGGAGGCCCUGCAGUAUGCCAGGCACUUUCAGCCCUUCGCCUCUCAGCACCAGAGAGACAUCCAGAUCCUGAUGGGCAGUCUGGUGUAUCUGCGUCAUGGCAUCGACAACUCGCCGUACCGCAGUCUGCUGGAGACAAAUCAGUGGGCAGAGAUCUGCAACAUCUUCACCAGAGAUGCCUGCGCUUUACUGGGCCUCUCAGUAGAGUCUCCACUUAGUGUUAGUUUUGCAUCAGGCUGUAUGGCUUUGCCAGUGCUGAUGAACAUCAAGCAGGUGAUAGAGCAGAGACAGUGCAGCGGAGUCUGGACACACAAAGACGAGCUGCCUAUCGAAAUUGACCUCGGGAAGAAAUGCUGGUACCACUCGGUUUUCGCCUGUCCAAUCCUUCGGCAGCAGACCUCAGAGAGCAACCCUCCUAUGAAGCUCAUCUGUGGCCACGUCAUCUCCAGAGAUGCCCUCAACAAACUGACUAACGCUGGAAAGUUGAAAUGCCCGUACUGCCCCAUGGAGCAGAACCCGUCACAUGCCAAGCAGAUCUACUUUUGAUACCGCUCACUCUACUCACGAAGCUAAUGGUUGGAGCACGCCAUCGCCUCAGUCUGACCCCCGCAUCGUGUUCCCUGAGCUUGCACGCCAUGUGACUUAGAGAUGUGAAGUGUGUGACAGUAGCCGUACGGCCUGACUUGCAGUGACUGUAGGCUUGUGAUUCAGCUUUACUCGUCGUGGGUGGGUUUUGGAUGGGGGGGGUGCAGGGGGUGGGGUCCUCUGAUCUUUAUGGCUGUUUGAUAUAUACUUAGAAAAUGCCUCUGCUGCAUAGGUUUGCCUUUUCUUUGAGUUGAAGUCAGAAGAGAUGAAGAAUUACAAAAAAAAAAUCUAUACAUUUCCUCAGGGCUCAUUGUAACAGUUCAUACCACACCUGGCAGUUACAAGAAACAUUAUACAUUUCACUAUUGAGGCUGAUAGAUUGGGAGUUUGUAUAUAUUAUUCAUCUGGUGAUGAAGCCAACACUUUGGGAAAGGGUGUCACCAGCGAGGCUUCUGGAUGUACAAUACAUUUAAGGUGAUUCACACUAAUUGUGCAAGUGUCCUCUUGAAAAUGGUGAUGUCCCCUCACACUCCAGUGAGGCAAAUUUGUUCAACAAGCACUGCACCAGCACGGCUCAAAUCGACUAUUGCAACAUUACGCUUUGUUUGAAGUGACAGUUUAAGAUAGACGAAUCCUGGUUUAACGUUUGUUUUGUGUGGAACUCUAGUUUCCCACAUUGUUUUUUUUCCCCCCCUUAUGUUUACAGUCAUUCAUCGCUUCUCUCGGGUGUUGCCUUGGAUCGACUGUUAGCACUCCAUACAUUCUGUUAAGUUUUUGUCGAAUGUUUGCAUUUCCUGCUUUUUGUGUGUUAUGCAGCCUUUAUUGUAAAUAUUUAUCCUCGACCCUGUUUCAUAUACUUGCAUCUGAAAAUAAAAAAAAUGAAAAUGUA